UUGAGACAUUUCUACGAGCAUAGCGUGUACUGUCGUACGAUGUCUUCAACACGGACGCGAAGUGUCGAACUCCGUGACAUUACAUCUACAACUACGAACGUUGGAACCACGGGCAGCCCAUCGAUCGUCCCCGAAGACACAAACGUAGCUACGUCCACAUCCACCGUGGGAGAAGACCGCAAAGAGAGGCUCUGGGUAGGCUUCCGGGCCGCAACGAUCAUCUUCCAACUCUCAGCAAUCAACUUCCUGUCCUCCUUCGUUAAUGGCGUUAUCGUCGUCGGUCUGCCCGCAAUCGCAGCUGACCUCGGCCUGUCCCAAGAGCUGUAUCUUUGGCCGUCGUCCAUCUACGGCUUGACCAGCGGCGCGACGCUGCUCCUCGCUGGAUCCAUUGCUGAUGUAGUCGGCAGCCGCAUGGUCGACCUGAUCGGAUGCAUUGGCGCUGGCGUAUCCGCUCUAGCCUGCGGAUUGAGCAGGUCUGGCGUGCAACUCGUCGCGUUUCGCGCCCUGGCCGGCGUCGCGAUGUCGAUGCACCUGCCGUGCUCGGUGAGCAUCGUCACGCAGACUGCCGCAAGCGGGAAACCGCGGAACAUUGCCUUUUCUUGUCUGGGGCUCAGUCAGCCUCUGGGAUUCUCGUUCGGACUGGUCCUCGGUGGAGUAUUUGUCGAUACAACAGGGUGGAGAACGGGGUUUUAUAUUCCUGGUGCUGCGGUGCUGGCGUUUGCUGGGCUCGGGUUCUUCGUGCUUCCACGCGAUGCCGUGGUUGAAGGGUCAUCACGGCUCUCGGGGCUCAAGACCAAGGUGGAUUGGGUGGGUGCCACGAUUGCCAGCGGCGGACUGGCUAUGUUCUCUUAUGUCCUUGCGGUCUUGAGCGCAGACAGUGCGAGCAUUGAACGCCCAAACGCCAUUGCCCUGCUCGUUACUAGCGUUGUGCUCAUGGUCGCGUUUCCGUUCUGGAUUCGCCGACAAGAGAAGGGCGGUCGUCCUGCCUUGAUUCCGAAUUCGAUUUGGAAGAACCAGGCCUUCACCAGCGUGUGUGUUACCGUGCUGCUGUCCAAUGGGGUGCUGAACUCGAUGGAGUUGUACUCGAGUCUUUUCUUCCAGGAGGUCCAAUCGCUCCCGGCGCUCCAAGCGUCACUCCGCUUGCUUCCAGCACUCAUCUUUGGGACGGUUUUGAAUUUGAGCACCGGACUCCUGGUCGAUGCGAUACCGGUCCUGUGGCUAGUGCUGUUUUCCUCGGCUUGUACAGCCGGGUCGCCGCUACUCAUGGCCUUGAUUAGUCCGAGGCUGGAGUACUGGCAUGGGGCAUUCUUCGCUCAGAUUCUUGAGCCAAUGAGUGCGGAUAUCCUGUUUACCGUCGGCUUGAUCGUCAUAAGUGACGGGUUCCCGGAGCAGAUGCAAGGUCUUGCGGGCGGAGUGUUUAGCACAGUCAGUCAGUUUGGCAUCUCGCUCGGCUUGAGUACCAUGCAGGUCAUUUCCAACCUUGUCACGGAGGAGACAAGGUAUCGGAACAAGAAGUCCUCACCAGCCUUGCUGAAAGGGUAUCGAGCGAGUUUCUGGGCAAUGUUCGGCGCCAUGAUCUUGUGCUGUUUGGUCGCAGCGUUUGGACUGAGGAAGGCGGGCAAGGUCGGCUUGAAGAGGGAGUAAAUAAUUGUCGCGGCCUAAUUAAAAGUUCGCUUGAGAUGGUGUACAUCAUGUAUGAUGAUCUCCGCCUGAGGGCUAUCUUCGAAGUUGGCUGAAUAGCGCGAUAGUAGCCAAUGCGAUCAGGGCUAUAUCUGGACCGUAGGAUUUGCCGGCUUGGAUUUGCAUCGUCA